AUGCCGACGUAUCCGGGCAGACCGUCGCAACCCGACUGCCAGACUACCGGUUUGGGAGUGGAACCAGCCACCAUGUUGAAGAUAAAUUCCAUGGUACAGACGUCGCGUACGAAUUGGAUACCGGAGCCUCGAAGGAUAGGUAAACCUCCGCUCACAGAAGCUACGAUUGAGGCAACAGCUUAUAACAACAGCCCAAUUAAGUUCUGCGGUAAGUGCACGGUUUGGGUCCAGUUUAAUGGCAGAAAAGCCGAGAUGGACUCACACGUACUAGAGAGGACUACCCGCAGCUUGUUGUAUUCAAACUCCGGUCUUGGAAGAUGUACAACCACCCAAGCUACGCUCAAGUUUAAAAUGGAGCCAGUGCCGAAGUUUUUUAGAGCACGACCGGUUCCUUUAGCAUUACGGCCUAAAGUAGAAGAGAAACUCCAGGAGCUA